UAUCUGAGUUUAUCUGAGAGUAUCUGAGUUUCAGAUUAAUAAAAAUUAUGGAUUUAUCUGAGUUUUUCCUUUUCCUUAAAAAAGGAAGAAUGUAUUCCAAAAAUUGACCUUAUUCCUAAAACAAAAAGUUAAAACCUCUAGUGGGUGGGUUUAUUCCAAAUCACUGUCUCCCGUGGAUAUGUAUAUAUAUAAUACACACAAUGCAAGGAUGAAUCAGAUAUAGAGAGCGAUAGAAAAAAAAUUGAGCUCUGAGGAAAGAAAAUAAAGAUGAUAGAAAUCAAAGUGAAGACUCUGACAGGUAAAGAAAUAGGAUUUGAGAUUGAUCCAAUGGACACAAUUGCUAGAAUCAAGGAAAGAAUUGAAGAAAUAGAAGGGAUUCCUCCUCUUCAACAAAGGAUCAUCUACACUGGUAAACAACUUGCUGAUGACCAAACCGCCAAACAUUACAACGUCGAACGUGGUUCUGUUCUUCAUCUUGUUCUUGCUCUUAGAGGUGGGUUUUGAUGUUCUAAUACCCUAUUCAGUUUACGGCUAUAAACUAGGGUUUUGAUCUAGUUUUUUUUUUUGGUGCAAAGGUUUUGAUCUUUUUUAAUUGUUCUUUUGCUAAUCGAUCGGUUGUUUAUGUCUAUUGACUAUUGGUUUGUCUUUUUUCGGUUGGAUUUGUUGAUAUUAAUUGACGCUGUUCAUGGAAAUCUCUCCUCAUC